CUGGUCGACCUUGCCUACUUCGAGUACUCUACCCGCCCAGGAACCUCGCCUUCCGCCACUAUGAGCAAAUGAGAACGAGCAAGGGAAUGAAAUUUCAAUUCCACUCUGGGGAGAAAGUGCUGUGCUUCGAACCUGACCCCACCAAGACCAGAGUGCUAUACGAAGCUAAGAUUGUCGAUGUUAUUACUGGGAAAGACGAAAAGGGCAGAACGAUUCCAGAAUAUCUGAUACAUUUUAAUGGUCGGAACAGAAGUUGGGAUAGAUGGACAGCCGAAGAUCAUGUGCUACAUGAUACAGAUGAAAAUAGGAGAUUACAGUGUAAAUUGCUCAAAAAAGCAGUAGCUCGCCUGAGAGGUACAGGAAGAAAGAAGUGGCAUUGUAGAUUGCCUGGUGUCGACUCUGUCUUAAAAGCAAUAAGCAGUACCUAUCAUGACAGCUGUGGAGAAAAGAAUGAAGAAAUAAAAGAACAACAUCAACGUCGUAUUAAAAUAAAGACUAAAGCGGGAAAAAAAGUAUUGUCGCUGUGCUGAAGGAAGGACAUGGAUGAAAGAACAAUAACCAUAGAUAUCCCUGAGGUUCUCAAGAAGCAGCUUGAGGAUGACUGUUACUAUAUCAACAGGAGGAAACGGUUAGUGAAACUUCCAUGCCAGACCAACAUCAUAACAAUUUUGGAAUCCUAUGUGAAGCAUUUUGCUAUUAAUGCAGCCUUUGCAGCCAAUGAGAGACCUCGUCACCAUCAUGCCAUGAUGCAUACGCACAUGAAUGUGCACUAUGUCCCUGCUGAAAAGAAUGUUGAUCUUUGUAAGGAGAUGGUGGAUGGAUUACGAAUUACUUUUGAUUAUACUCUUCCCUUGGUUUUGCUCUAUCCGUAUGAGCAAGCUCAAUAUAAAAAGGUGACAUCGUCUAAAUUUUUUCUUCCAAUUAAGGAAAGUUCCACCACAACUAAUAGGAGCCAGGAGGAGCUGUCUCCUAGCCCACCUUUGCUGAAUCCAUCUACACCACAGUCCACAGAGAGUCAACCACAAGCUGGUGAACCGGCCACCCCCAAGAGACGCAAAGCUGAGCCAGAAGCACUGCAGUCUCUGAGGCGGUCCACACGCCACAGCGCCAACUGUGACAGGAUGUCUGAGAGCAGCUCUUCACCUCAGCCAAAGCGCCGGCAGCAAGACACAUCUGCCAGCAUGCCAAAGCUGUUUCUGCACUUGGAAAAGAAAACACCUGUGCAUAGCAGAUCGUCUUCCCCUAUUCCUCUGACUCCAAGUAAGGAAGGGAGUGCUGUAUUUGCUGGCUUUGAAGGGAGAAGAACCAACGAAAUAAAUGAGGUCCUGUCUUGGAAACUUGUGCCUGACAAUUAUCCUCCAGGAGAGCAGCCACCUCCCCCUUCAUACAUUUAUGGUGCACAGCACUUGCUUCGAUUAUUUGUAAAACUUCCAGAAAUCCUUGGGAAGAUGUCCUUCUCUGAGAAGAAUCUGAAGGCUUUACUGAAGCACUUUGAUCUCUUUCUGAGGUUUUUAGCAGAAUACCAUGAUGACUUCUUCCCGGAGUCAGCUUAUGUCGCUGCCUGUGAGGCACACUAUAGCACCAAGAACCCCAGGGCAAUUUAUUAAAGUUCCGGUGGUUCUGGAAAAACAGAACCAUCCAAGUGAUGUGUUAAUGAAAUGGUAGACCUACCCUGGGGGUACUCUGACAGAAACAGGCUCUGUUAUUUGAGUUGUUCACAUACUGUUAUUUCUAUUAAGAAUUACUUUCUGAUCUCAGCAUGGUGGUCCAUGCCUUUGGGGGGGGGUCAUUUUAAUUAAUUAAUUAAUUAAUUGAUGAUUUCUUUAAUGUAAUGAUUACUUCCUGGGUGCCUGAACGUAUUCCAAAGUGACACUGCUAUACCAGCUGUGUGUGCUAGCAGGAUACAAACAGCCAUAGCUGUCUUUAUAGGGAAACGUUCAUGAACGUUUACUUAGGGUUAUUGUUCUGGUAGACAUUGCGGUUGGUUUUUUAGCAAGAACCACAUUGUCGGAUUAUUUGUUAAUGUUAAACAAAAUGGUUUUGAAAACUCUUUUCUGUUCAACAGAUCUUAGUUUGUGCUUGGAAGCCACAAAGCACUCUCAAAGUAUUUUGAGGGACUUGGUAUUGAUGGCAAAGGAGAACUUGCAACUAUGCAUUGCUUGUAGCGGUUCCCUUUCUCAGAAACAUUAUUUUUAUUGCUCUAAAUAAAGCAUUGCCUGUCUUGAGAUUUUACAGCCAUACUCUGCUGUGUAAUGUUAUAGUUCCUUUUCUAUAAAAUGUUAUUUUGGGUGAUUUAAAUAAAGCUUUGCCAGCUUUGUUUGAAAGAAGCAAGAGGAGCUUUGCUCUUGCCUUCCCUGUUCUUUUUAUUGCAGGGCAACAGUGGGGUAACCUCUUCACUUACAACUUUUGUUCCAUUUCUUUGCCCCUUGUAUGUUUUUGUCAUUUCCUUUUUUGGUCAGGCCUCUCUUUGCAUCAUGACUAGUGGUGGUUAUGAGAAGUCACUGUGACCCUGUGCCAACUUGUGGCUGUUUUCUGGGUCCUGAUGGGCCAGACACAGAAGUAUUCUUCUCCAAGUUUACCGAAGCUGAUAUACUCUGCAGUCAUCCCUUUAAUCCUCAUUGCCCUUCCCCCUCGCAUGCCUUCCUCCUCUAUGGUUUAGAGGGUUCUAAAUGGCUGGAAAGGAUACCAAUGCCAUGAAAGCAUUAAACAUAGCACUUCUCGUAUGGCUCAGCUAAGUUGACUUUAAUUUCAAAAGGCUGCCAGUCAUGAACAAAAGGAGCCUCAACGACUUUUAACUGCAAAUGGUCCCAUUAAAGUGCCUUGUGCAUCACUUCCUCCAGAUUCACUACCUCCAGAUUGCCUGAGUAGAUAGAUAUCUUCCUUUCUGCAUUUAGUUGCUCACACAGACUCAGGUUGGUGGGGACUGAUUGGAAUAACCUUUAAGUUCUUGGUAGAUAUGAUUGUUAAUUUUAAUUGUCAAUGUAAUGGAUUUAGAAUCACUGUGGAAACACACUUCUGGGUGUGUCUAUGAUACUGCUCCAAAAAAGUUUGAACUGAAGAAGGACCCAUCUUGACUGUGACCAGCACCAUUCCAUGGACUGGGGUCCAAGAUCCAGUGAAAAUGAGAAAGUAAGUGGGAUUGCAGCAUUCAUCUCUUUCUGCUUCCUGAUGAUAUUACCAACGGCUUCGUGUUCCUGCUACCAUGCAUCUCUGCCAUGAUGGCCUGGACCAUCAAACUGUGAGCCAAAAGAGACCUUUUUCUCAGGUGUUUUGUUACAGCAACCACAAAAGUAGUUGAUACAGAACAUUGGUACUGUAGAGUGGCGUUGCUGAACUAAGCCUGACCAUGUGGAUCAUAGGCAUUUGGUUUAACACUCAGAAUUUAGAACUUUGAGCUAGAGAAAACUUCAGGUGCUGUAAGUAGAGUUUAAUGGGGUAUUCUGGUGGCAUUUUGGAAAACUAGAAGACCAAGACAAAUGUGGACAGUGGAGAUCUGGCUCAUGGGGUUUUGGAGAGGAAAAGAGACUAUUGAGAAUUGAGCUAGAGACCAUUUGUGUGAUAAUCCGGCAAAGAAUCUGGUAUUGGUCCAUGUUAUCAGUGCCAUGUCCUGGGAACUUGAAUGAGGCUAGCUUCUAAAGUAAUAGACUCAUUUUCUUGGUGGAAGAAAUUUGAAAAUAAGUUAGCAUUCACACUGUGUCAUGUUUACUGAAUGCUGCUGUCAUCCAGGUUUCCAGUGAGAGAAUGCACAAAUGGGGGAAAAAAAAAAACAAAACAAAAACCAGAUGUAUCAGCUUGGUGGGGAAAGGAAUGAGUUUAGGCACAGGCAAGGUAGAUGUAGAGAAAUCAGCAAUGGUUGUAAGAAGAGAUUAGUCACAUUAAAGACAAGCCUUGUGCUGUGUAAUAGAAAUUAGGGAAGGUACUCUAAGGGCAGGACCCCACCCAAUAUCUACUCCAUUCGUGAAAAUGAGUUCAUUUGAAAGGAUGAAACCUAAACUAAGAAUAUUGCUGAUGGUGUUUUCUGCUUCUUGAAAGCAGUUACCUAAGAAAGCCUUUCCCCAUGGUUGGCACAUAGACCAGUAUACUGGUAGUCUGAGGAAGCCAGGUCACAAUAGACCCUGCAGUCUCACUCACAUGGUAGUGGCAUCCAGAUGUGAAAGAUGCAAGAGUAAAGGGGUCAUGGAGACUUACACUAGAGUUCUAGAAAGCACCAAGACCAGGCAAUAUGUAGCAGGGUUGGAGUGUGUGUAAACUAGCCCCAAGAGGCCAUUAUGUGAAGACGUAAGAGUGUAGUUUAAGUUGCACAUGGACCCCAGGAUGUUGUAAGGAGCCAGAAUUGUGGGUUCUGUGUAGCCUGAGGAAAGCUGCAAGCAUGGAAUGGAGCCAACCCAAUAGAGAAGCAAUGUCUGCUGCAAGUGGCAAAGCUGGAGAGGUGUGACUACCCAAGCCCUUGGAAGCCCAUCAUGAGCUCCAGAUGCUGGACACAGAGCUGUAGGAUUUGGUGUUUGCCCUGCUGGAUGUUGGUCUUUCUUUGCUCUCAUCUUUCCUUGUUAUACUCCCCAUUCUUCCCUUUGGGAAUGGGAAUGUUUAUUCUUUGCCAUGGUGUAUUGAAACUUUGUUAAGUUGCAUUAAAUUUUAUAGAAGUUCACAAGGAAGAGAUUGCCUUGAGUCUCAGAUAAGACUUUGGACUGUUUAACACUACUGGGACUGUUAAAGACUGUGGGGAGUUUCAGGGAAAGACUAAAUGCAUUUUGAAUUAUAAGAUGAAAAUGAGAAUGUAGGGGCCAGAGGUGGAAUGCUAUGAUGUAGUCAUAUGUUUGGGUGUCAGGGUGGCCAGGGGUAGACUAGUGAUGCUUAAUCUUGAUUAUCAACUUGGCUGGAAUGAGAAUCACCCUGGAACCACAACUUUGGAUAUGUCUCUAUGAAGGUGCUUCCAAAGAAGUUUAACUGAAGAGGGAGACCCACCCUAAAUGUGGAUGGCACCAUUCUAUGACUUGGGGUCUCAAAAUAAACAAAAAGGACAAAGUGAGUGGAACAUCAAAAUUCUUCUCUCUCUGCUUCCUCACAGUGAGUCUUGCUGCCAUGACUUCCUCUACCAUAAUGGACUGUAUCUCUUCAAACUGUAAACCAAAAUAAACUCUUCCUUCUUUAA